AGAAAAGUAGAAUGGAUAUGGAUGUAACUAAAGAAAAUUUCCCUAUAACUUUCACGAACACGCGUCAAAAUUGUGAAUAGAGCGGGAUCUUUAAGUCGGUUGAGUGAGCAGACCGUAGUAAAUUCGAGUACAAUCGUUGGAUGUAACCUGCUGGAAGGUUCAGUGAUGCCGUAUUGCGUGAAGCGUUUGGAUUUCGAGUUGGAAAGAGAAAGGUCGAAUCGCGCGUUAUGGCUGACGAAAUCGAACGGAAGUUGUUGGAACAGGUGAAGGAACAAGAAGAGCUUGUACGAAAACUCAAAGCUGCCAAAGCUAACGAUGUUCAGGAUUCAACGAAUUUCUCGAUCUUAGAAACGCAAUUAGAGAGCAUUAACCAUGAUUUUGCGGAUGUCAGUUACGUGUGUGGUUGGAUUCCUACCAUAAAAGAUACGAAAUUUUUUGAUUUUUGCGUCACUUUUAUCGAUGACCAACUACUCUCCAAGUGGCCACAUUUGAAAAGAUGGUUCACAAACGUUCAAAGCUUCGACCAAAUUGAACGUAACACGUUUCUCGAGCCGAAAGGGUCGAUUACCUCUUUGGUGAGAAAAGUUGAUCGCUUAAGGAACCUCUGCCUCUUCGACAAAAAUGUGAUUGAUUUAAAGAUUGCGGAGGAAGUUACCAAAUUAUCGGAGUUGAAAGCUCAAUUGGGAAACAAGAAUGAGAUACCUUCCAAACUUGUUCUUAAAACGCCUAAAGGUACGAGGGAUUAUGGUCCUGAACAAAUGGCGCUACGGCUUGCUGUAUUGGAUAAAAUAGUUACGGUGUUCAAAAGACACGGUGCUGAAACUAUAGAUACUCCUGUAUUUGAAUUGAAAGAAGUUUUGACGGAAAAAUAUGGAGAGGAUUCAAAGCUGAUCUACGAUUUGAAGGAUCAAGGUGGAGAAAUUUUAGCUCUUAGAUAUGAUUUAACCGUACCUUUUGCCAGGUACCUGGCUAUGAGAAAAAUCUCUUCCAUAAAGAGAUAUCAUAUAGCAAAAGUUUAUCGAAGGGACAAUCCAUCCACGACAAGGGGUAGAUACAGGGAAUUCUACCAAUGUGAUUUUGACAUAGCUGGACAAUAUGAUCCUAUGAUACCAGACGCGGAAUGCAUUCGCGUCAUUUCUGAAGCGUUACAGUGUUUAAAUGUAGGGCCUUAUACGAUCAAAUUGAAUCAUAGAUCGUUGUUGGAUGGUAUAUUUGCGACUUGUGGCGUUCCAAAUGAUAAAUUUCAUGCUGUGUGCUCGUCUAUCGAUAAAUUGGAUAAGAAUUUGUGGUCGGAAGUAAAACGAGAGAUCGUUGAAGAGAAAGGUUUGAGUGAAUCGAGCGCUGAUAAGAUUGGCACUUAUGUGUCGCAAUCUGGUGGAAUAGAAUUGAUAUAUGAGUUAAAGAAAGAUAACGAAUUAAUGAAACACGAAUCUGCGGUAAAUGGUCUUGAAUCCAUUGAAUUGUUGUUCAAGUAUUGUAAAAUAUUCCAAGUGACGGAUAAAAUAAUUUUUGAUCUUAGUCUUGCCAGAGGACUCGAUUAUUAUACAGGUAUAAUUUUCGAAGCGAUAUUGACUGGCGAUGAAGUUGGCGUUGGUAGCGUCGCGGGCGGUGGCCGUUAUGAUAAUUUGGUAGGAAUGUUUGAUAGUAAAAAGAAAUCGAUUCCUUGUGUCGGUUUGUCAUUGGGCGUCGAACGUAUUUUCAACGUUCUAGAGACGAAAUUAAAUCAUGAAAGCGUGAAAACGCGAACCAAUGAAGUUGAAGUAUUUGUAGCAACUGCACAAAAAAAUUUGUACGAAGAAAGAAUGAAAAUCUUGACAAUCCUUUGGGAUGCUGGAGUGAAAGCCGAACAUUCUUACAAAAGAAACGUAAAAUUGCUGGCGCAAUUACAUCACUGCGAAGAAAGUGGUAUACCGCUGGUUAUAAUAAUUGGUGAAGGAGAAUUGGCGAAAGGAGAGGUUACAUUAAGAGAUGUUGUGUCUCGUGUAGAAGUUUCGAUUCCGCGUGCACAUUUAAUCGAUGAAAUAAGGAAAAGAUUAUAGAAAAUAUAUCACGACUUACUUUCGAAUGAGUUUCUUAAUUUAUAUAAUAAUUAAAUGAUAUGAUACCAUCAAUUGUUUGAUUUUUUUUUAAAAUAUAGAAUCACGAUAUUUUAACGAUAUUGCACGAUAUCUUCGUUUCAAGUUCAACGUAUGAAAUAAUAAAAGAAAAAACAAAAAAAAAAAAGUGGAAAGCUUCUGUAUAAACUAAAUAAUAAUACAUAAUUUAUUGUAUUUAACGAUCGAAUUCGUAUUAUUUCAAUAAUCACCAACAAUUAGUAUAUCUAAUUUUCAAGUAUUCUUUCGCGCAAAAACAAUGUUUCGUGAUAAUUUAAGAUUUACUUUUGCUUUUGUUACGUUUAAGUUAGAGGUAAGAAGAUGAAACAGAAAAAAAAAACAAAAGCAAAAAAAAGAUAAC